GUGAUGUGAAUACUACCACUGUAAAAAGUCAACCGGGUCGCAUCCGCACUCCACCAAUGGGACCGCUGUUUCAGAGAAAGAGGCCCAGGAACGAAUUCAAAUGGCCACACGUGUUGAAGAUGUUUACACCGCGAUCGAAUCGCUGGAAGGCGCUCUAACACCUCAGACGGCCAAACUGGCUCUAGACGCCGUAUCCUCCGCCAAAUCUACCCACCUAACCGACAGAGAGGUUGCGGUAGUGACCAAGACACUAGGCGCGGUCUCCGAAGCAGCUGGGAAGGACAAAGACUCUGCCAAGGAGUUCCUCAAUGUGUGUGGAGAUCUUCUCAGUGCAAAUUAUACAGACGCACUCUCAUCUUCCGGCACGGCUACCAAUUCUUCCACAUCGGCCUCCACCUCGGUUAUCAGUAACCUGCUUAGCGCGGUCGACAACUUUGCGGCUUCCGUCACUGAAAACCUACUGGAUGAGAAUACGACGGAAGUCCUCAUUGCUAACGACAAUCUAGUUCUACAGUGCUGGUCAGACUUUAGCGGAAAAAUCAAAGGGAACAAGGUGGAGCUUACCCCUGAAUCUAGCAAGAACGUCUUCUCCCUACCUGCGUCUUCUUUCCAGGGAAAAGAAAUCAAAGCUACAGCAGUCGUCUUCAAAACCCUUCACAACGCGAUCACGACCGAGGUCGAAGGUCAGAGUUCAUCCGGAAAUGCGACCUUGGGGUCAGAGGUCGUAUCACUUACCGUGACCCAAGAGGAUGGUUCGCCACUUCCAUUUAGCGAGGACAAUCCCGUGGUUUUGUCCUUCCAGCUUGAACAGAGCAAAACAUCGGACCAGGAGGCAAAAUGCUGCUUUUGGAAGUUCCAAAACAGUUCCGAGGGCGGUUUGUGGUCGACGGAUGGCUGCGUUGUCAACGAAUCUUCAUCCAACGCCACCACGUGUCACUGCAGUCAUCUGACUAACUUCGCCGUCCUGCUUCAGCUUAAGGAAACGGUAAUACCAGCGGCGCACUCGACAGCGCUUGAAGUCUUGACGUACAUUGGAACCAUCUUGUCCAUAACUUCAUUGCUGCUCUCCAUCGGACUGUUCUGCUUUCUGAGGUUGUUGAAGUCCCAGCGUGUCAUCAUCCACGUGAACCUGGCGGUCUCGCUAGCCGCUGCUCAGCUGCUGUACCUGACAGGGAUAGAUGCCACGUCUAAUCAGGGAUGGUGUAAGGCUAUUGCAGUCCUGCUACACUACCUCUUCACAACCUCCUUCGCGUGGAUGUUCAUGGAGGGCGUUCACCUCUACAUGAAGUCUGUGGCGGUCUUCGGUAAGGGCCUGAAGACGUGGAUGCACAUGGCCAUAGGAUGGGGGUCUCCCCUGUUGAUAGUCGGCGUUGCCCUGGCUGCAAGGUUUGAUGGCUAUGGCACUGAGACCCGCUGCUGGCUGUCCCUCGACAGUGGCCUCAUCUACGCGUUCGUAACUCCAGUGGUGGUUGUCGUGGUGCUGAACACGCUUAUAUUGGUGAUGGUGAUUCGUGUCUUCAUGGGGUUGAAGGCGAAUGUCGACAAGACGGAAAAGGAAAAAAUCAGGGCCGGCAUCAGGGCUGUUCUUCUGCUUCAACCCCUCCUGGGAUUCACCUGGGUCUUCGGUCUGUUCUCAGCCUUCGACGACACGCUCUUCUUCACUUACCUCUUCGUCAUCUUUAACUCAUCCCAGGGUGUCUUCAUUUUCCUUCUGCACUGUGUCGGCGAUUAUGAGGUUCGUAAAGCCUUCAAGAGGUACCGUGGUCGCCGCCCUGCCCCCUCGCCUUCUACCGACUGCUCGGCGGUCAACCACUCCAGACUGACCCGGAAGCAAACGGAACAGAGCAUGACCGCACGGGCGCCCUCAACGCCAGGGUCAGGGAAUAAGCGAGCGCCCUCAACGCCGGGGUCCGGCAAGGAGGCGCAUGCGCUGUCGACGGAAAGAAAGGAGCGCCAUUUGACGAGCCAGGAUUUGAACAAUAUACGGCUGAAAAGAAGAGAACCCAGCACAGUGUCCAUCACUUCCAAAUCGGCCUGGGCAAAGGACAACGCGGAAAACAAGGCGGCGACGACUGGAAGUAAGUCUAAGAAUUACGAGAUCGACAAUGGAACCUCCUGCCAAGGUAUGCCGGAAGUCAAGACGGAUCUGUAGGUCGUUUCAGGGGUGCAUAGGCUGACCGCAUCCAAAGUUGUAAGCAAUGUGUUGUCUAUGGAAGUAAAACAUGGAACGUAAGUCCGAAUCUGUGAGCAGAUUCCUAAAUAGGUUGUUAAAUUUGUAAAUAGUUAAAAAGUAAUACUAGUUUUCCGUCCAGAAUGUGGAGUAGUGCAUCCUUUGUAUAAUUACUCACUCUAGAUUUAUAAUUAAUAAAGUGAUUUCACAUUCACCAAAGAAUUUCAUAAACAGGUGUAUUUUUGUGCAUGAUUUUUUUCCAUACCACAAAUUACAUUAUAACUGAGAUAUUACCUUUAUGAGAUCAUUUUGGAGCAGCCCAUCAAAUGAAAACAUCUCUUCGUUUUCGAAGUUUAUAAUCCUCAACUUUAAAAAAUUACCUCGGACGUGUUUUACUAUUCGAAUAAAACCGUUUCAAAUGCUUUCGUCAUUAAGUGUCGUCAUCAACAGAGGGCGCUUAUAAACUUAACUUGCCGUUGUAAAUACUAAAGUCGAUAAUGGUUGCGAAGCUAGGGGUCAUGCCGAUGUCGAUAUAAAAAAAUAAUUCAUGUGUAUAAAGUAAAACUGGAGGCUUUCCAAGGAGUAGGACUACAAAGAAAAUCAAAGAAUAUUUUCUUAUUUGUCUUCGUUAAUAAACCAAGUAUAUUAUUCUAGUUGAAGAAAAUCGUGUGCGAGA